CCUCUUGAGAGUUAGGGACUGAUGUGAAUGUACAAUAUAUAUGUAAAGCACUGCGUAAAUUGAUGGCGCUAUAUAAGUACCUGAAAUAAUAUGGAGAGUCUGGGGACCAUAUAAUGUGUUCUCAGCACCACCCAACUUUGGUAGCCAAGAGCAGUGUUUCUCAACCUUUUUUCAGUCAAGGCACCCUUUAAAAUUAUGGACAGUCCUGAGGCACCCUUUAAAAUUAUGGACAGUCCUGAGGCACCCUUUAAAAUUAUGGACAGUCCUGAGGCACCCUUUAAAAUUAUGGACAGUCUUGAGGCACCCUUUAAAAUUAUGGACAUUCUUGAGGCACCCCAUUCUAAA